UCUUAGAAGAGUCAGUAGCGGCGGUCGACAUUCUGUGAUUUUGUAAGGUAGUGAAUGUGAAUGAAUGUGAACAGAAAGGUUCGGUUGCCUGAAAGACUUACGCCUCCCCUAAGUAAUUCCUAGCCACUAGAUUUGUGGGACUGUCAUGUCUGGCGUGUGCAUCUUUAUCCAUUAAUUACAUUAAUUGACAUUUUACACAAGGCCGCAUCAUGAGUGAAACAAAAGUGCAUCCUUUCGUGAAUACUUCCUCAUCCUCUCUACCUUUGUCUCUUGAAGAACAGGUAGCUGCCACACCGCUUAGUCCGGGUGGAGCAAGCGUUACCUUCCGAGAGUCUGUCCCGAACAGACGUAAGGGCUCCGUUGGACCGCUGGACCAGCCCUCAGCAUCCAGUGUCCAUCACCUCAGGAACCGAAUGGAAGGAAAGUCCACACUCAGUCCAUCUGUUACUCCUGACCUCAAUCCAUCUGUAUCUGCAAACACAUCCUGUACAAGCAAUACAGGUUCUGCAGGCGGUGGUAACAGUCUUAGUAGGGUCAAUUCUACCAAAUCACUGUCACACAGGAACACUGCACCAAGAGCAGGGUCUUUAUCAAAUGAAGACAACAUUCGUUCCUCACACCAGAUAUCCCGAGUACUGCAGCGGAUGAAAGAGCUCUAUGAGAAGUACUCACCUUCGCUGAUUCUCGAGAAUAAGGGCUCUAUUGCUAGAGACCAUCUUGCGAAUGAGCGUACAUAUCUAGCUUGGCUGAGAUCAUCGUUAUCACUCAUUACCGUUGGCGUGGCCGUCACACAACUCUUCAGGCUUCAAAAUAAUAGCCCAUCAGGAGGUCCUCAGGAACUGCACACCGUCUCUGAGCUGGGUCGACCUCUUGGAGGCUCGUUUAUUGCUUUAGGACUUCUGUUUCUCUGGCUGGGUACCUCGCGAUACUUUCACAGUCAAAAUGUAUUGUCAUAUGGACAGUUUCCAGCAAGUCGUGGGAGUGUCAUUAUAGCGACAGUAACAGUUCUAACAGUCAUCUUGGCAUGUUUUAUCAUCGUCAUUCUCCAAGGCAGGACAUAGUACAGAUGUUUCUUAGGAC